AUGAGUUCCGAUGGUUCUGUUAACAACUACCCUACUCCGGAAAUCAUUAUCCUAUCGGAUGACGACGACAUGCAAGAGGUUGAUGAUACCAACAGCUAUUUCCAAAACAUCAGUCUCCGCUACUUUGUAGAUGAACCACUCGAAAUGAAGACUCAACACGAAGACUUCAAGGAUCUCUGCAUGAUGAACGGGAAUCCAGAGGCACACUACAUUGAGGGCAUACUCCAGUACUUUGAACACGAAAACAAAGUGACAGUGAGAGUUGCCAUCGUUAAGCUAUGGAAGGAUUACUCGGCUUCUUGUGAUCAAACCAUUGAAAUGGUUCUCAUUGAUGCUAAUGGAGAUAAGAUUCAAGCAAUGGUGAAGAAUGAUUUAGUUAAUCAAUUCGAGGAGAUCCUUGCUGAAGGAAAAACAUUCAUUUUCACCAAAUUCGCUCUGAGUCGCGAAUUUGGUUCUUAUCGAGCAACUAACCAUCGUUACAAGAUAAAUUUCCUAUCCACAACUCUUGUGAUGAUAACUGAUGAUUUGCCCACUGGUCUUAAUAUUUUCGCACCUGUCAAAUUCAACGAUGUUCUCGAUGGAAGUCUCAACCCUGAUUUCUUGGUUGAUGUUUUCGGUCAUGUUAUUGAAGUAGGUCACCUUGAAAUGAGUUCGGUUAAUGGACGAGUAAUCGAAAAGAUUUCACUACAGAUUCGUGAUCUAGAUGAUGUCCGUCUUCGAAUUGUGCUAUGGGGAAAGUUAGCUCAGAUAGUAUCAGACGACAUCCAGAAUCAUGAUGCGAAGCGUAUUAUCUUGGUUUUGACUCUUGGGAAGAUUAAUGUUUCAGAAGGGGAUCGUUAUAUGUCGAACGCUUUAAACAUUUCUGAGGUGGAGCUAAACCCUAAUAUCCCGGUUGUUGAUCAAUUUCGGGUCCUGCUACAAAAUGACGAACUUGGCAUAGACAUUGUUGUAGCCAAACCAAAAAUCGUUAUUUCUUCUGUUUCGGAGAAGGAAGAUUUCCUAAGGAAAACACCGAGGAAAACCAUCGCUGAGAUGAUUGAAUGCCAUCAGGGGGACAAGUGUAUUGUUAUGUGCACAAUCGGGGCUAUUGAAUCUGACAUGGGAUGGUACUACUUAACGUGUAAAUUUUGUUCAAUGGCGGUUCAGUAUGAACCGCCUCUUGUGAGUGGUGAUCCUUAUGUUGGCGAUCUUAAAAAGUCCAAAAUAUACUGUUCCAAAUGCCAACGCUAUGAUCCUAACGUUCUUCCAAGGUAUAAGUUGCACUUGGUUGUGUUUGACAAUACUGGAAGUUCGAAGUUUCUCUUAUUUGACCACCUUGCUCGGAAGUUACUUGAUCAACCUUGCAUAGAGCUCACAGGUCCCCUUGCUGAUGAGGAUCCGUAUGUGCUUCCUUUGGCCCUCUUAAACCUAAUUGGCAAGACAUAUUUGUUCAAGAUCGAAAUUUUAAGAGAAAAUUUCAUGUACAAGCAUGAUAUAUUCAAAGUCAACAAGAUAAUAACCAAUCUUGAUAUCAUCUCUGAGUUUCUCCGACAGAAAUCCCUUAAGAUUAUUUCGCCUGAAUGUUCGUCGCAGCAACGUGAUCCAAGUGAUCUAACCCCAGCUAAACGUAGAGUAGGACCUGUCGUGAAUUUGGAUGAAGAACCCUAUCUGAACUCUGUUACGAAAUCAGGCAUCACUACUAGGAUCAAGAAGGAAAAACAUGACAAAAGUGGCUAG